AUGGUCGUUGAAUCAAACGGCGGCACCUCUCCGCCGCAAGAGCUUGAGACUUUCAUACCACAAGAGGAAAGGAACAAGGAGAAAAUCGUCAGCAAGUACAAUCUAACCAAAGAUGUGGAGUCCGCGGACUUCGACCCGUUCUCGGAGAGGAAGCUGGAUAACCCAACUUCAAACAUGGACACGCUUACGCAUUUGCUGAAGGCCGCUGGUCUGAUCUCCGGCAUCUUCUUUACGGUGCUCGUCGCGGUUGUCUGCACUCACUGCGCUUACGUACUAAUCAAGUGUGCCCACGUGUUGUACAAGAAAACCCGCAAGACCAAAAUGAGUUUCCCGGAAGUGGCAGAGUCGGCUCUUCAAAACGGACCUCAAUGGGCUCGACCUUGGGCUAACUCCUUCAGAAUAUUCAUCCUCGUUAGUCUCUUCAUGACGUACUUUGGCACGUGCUCCGUAUACACCGUCAUCGUCGCAACUAAUAUAUCGCAGGUUGUGCUUCACUACUUUGAAGACCACAAAGAAGUUCUCGGAAUCAGAAUUUUCAUCAUAGCGUUGUUAUUGCCGCUCAUAUUCAUGGCUUGGAUCCGCAACCUCAAAUACUUGGCGCCGGUCUCUAUGAUCGCCAAUCUGUUCAUGGGUGUAGGCCUUGGAAUCACUUUCUACUACUUAGUAGGAACCGGUGGCCUAAGCUUCGAUAAAGUUAAAGCUGUUAAGCCGCCAGCCGAGUGGCCGGAAUUCUUCUCACUAACGAUCUUUGCAAUGGAGGCCAUUGGUGUGGUGAUGCCUUUGGAGAACGCCAUGAGAACGCCACGGUCGAUGCUCGGAUUCUGCGGCGUGCUCAAUAAGGGCAUGUCCGGUGUGACCCUAGUAUACAUUCUUCUCGGAUUCCUCGGAUAUCUGCGAUACGGUGAUUACGUCGAGGAUUCCAUUAACCUCAACCUGGAACAAGCACACAUCUCGGCCCAAAUCGUCCAAAUCGCCAUCGCCAUAGCCGUGUACUGCACGUUCGGGCUCCAAUUCUUCGUGUGUGUGGACAUCAUGUGGAACUGCAUAAAAGAAAAGUUCACCAAGCGGCCCGACCUUGCCGACUACGUCAUGCGCACAAUUAUGGUUACCGCCUGCGUCUUGCUCGCUGUCGCUGUUCCCACAAUUGCCCCAUUCAUGGGCGUCAUAGGCGCCUUCUGCUUUUCUCUCCUCGGCCUAAUCGCGCCCGCGUUCAUCGAAAUCAUCACUUUCUGGGAGAUUGGCUACGGCCCAUACAACUACCUGAUAAUUAAAAACGUAUUGGUUCUCCUCUUCGGGGCCUUCGCACUGGUCUUUGGCACGAAAGACGCGGUUAUCAGCAUAAUAAACGUUUACAGCAAG